AUAAUAUUUGUGAUAUUGUCACAUGUGAAAAUGGCGCCACCUGCCGUGACUGGGGAGUCACAUAUAGCUGUCUAUGUGAGGGCGAACAUUACGGUUGGCUGUGUCAGAAUAUUGACGGUAAUUACACAUCAUGGACGGACUGGAGUGACUGUUCUACGACAUGCUAUGCCGAGGGUACUCACUACAGGACAAGGACAUGUACUAAUCCAACUCCGCUAGGGAUUGGACACGACUGUACUACAUACGGAGAACCAUUACAGACCCUAAGAUGUAUUCCAACGAACCUCGAUAUUUGUUCAGAAUACAACACCGGCGAAAUAGCAGAAGACACUUCAUACUACAUGGUUUGUCCCCCUAGUUUUUAUAUACAUGUAUACGCGGCAAGCUAUGGCAACGACAGCACGUGCUAUGAUACCAAUGCGCUAGAAGACAUGAGAGCCGCUUGUCACUAUGCUGACAGACACAUGCAAUGUGACAUUCUCCGACACGUUCUUCUCAGGGAAUCCAUGUACGUCAUAUCCGGGGGCUGUUGUGACGGGAAGUGCAAAAUUUUACUGCGCAAAACGGCGUGAAUUGGACAGUUUCCGAGGACCCUGGCGACUAGCGUUCAAAGUGCCGAGUGGAACAGCUCCUCCCUGCCGGUUAUGCUGAUAUCAUGGCACUGUACGACGCUUCUGGGUCAUACAACGAGUUUGACACGGCAGCCAUGACCGACUUUAGCGCCGGGGGAACUAUUUACAAAGUCAACAAUGCUCGAUAACUGGGGUGUCAACAUAUCUUCCAGCGCUGUGAAAUUGUCUGUGUUUAAAGAUGGUCGAGAGAUGCACUAUGCUAUAUUUGAUGCGGUUGGGAAAGGAAAGGCAGAUUGGUUUGAUUGCGACAAUAUUGUCGAGUCAAGCUGGCAUGACCUACAAGACGGAAAUUAUACAUGUGUGAAGAGUGAUGGUGACACAUGGAAGAGAAACUUUUUCAUGAAAAGUGAUUAUACGUCAUGCACUAACGAAACAGGCUGGUUUGUACUAAAAGAUUACGGGGCAACUGACGGUUGCUCGGAGUGGGACACGACGACUUCAUUACCACAGAUAUGGUAUUCACAGACAGGGUUUCGUGUUCAAUGGGCAUGCGGAAAUAAGACAACAGCAGAUUCACUGGCACUUUUUCUGAUGGACUGGCAUAUGGUGUUUAAGGGAGUAGAAGAAAUCACACCAGGAGCUGGAACACUUGCCAACCUGUGGACACUUGAGGAUACAGAAAAUGACAAUGACAUAACGGCUACUACCCUUACCAAAUCUCCAAACGUAGCUUACAAAUCCAGCUUACUGGAAAAUUGGUCCGAUCCAUUCACGUUCUUAGACAUGGUAAAAUAUGCAUUUUUCACCAAUGGCAUCGAAAAAACAUACACAAUAUUCGACGGUAGAAGUACUACAAAAACGUCUUGGUUUGCUUCUAACAAAAUACUGUUUUCUCGGUAUACGGACAUUUUAACAGCAUCAAUCGGCCAUUGCAGUAUUUCAAGUGAUUCGAGGCGACGGUUCCUAAUUGCUCAUGACAUUUCGACAACAUGCACCAGCUACAAAGCAUGGAUGCUGACUCAGGAUGUCGAUGGAUCGACCUACUGCUCAUUCGAUAAUAGCGUUUAUCUUGGGAAAAACCGUCCCAACUUCCUGUACAGCGAUGGCACAUCUUACGGGAUUCCACAGCCAUCCUGGAGCUGGGACAGUGUCAAUUUCCCAUCCGCAGAGGUCAUGGGUGUUUUUAUUAUUGGGUGGUAUCCUCUGAUGAAGGUCGCUAAAGGGGUCGAUCUGUCGCCGGCUCUGGGUAUUUAUGAUCUCUGGACAGGAAACUACACACUGAACGAAUACAAUGACACAGACACAGCAUUCUCUUUUGCUUCUGAUACCAUGCCUUAUAAAUCCCAUGUUGUGGAUAAUUGGUCAAGCUAUUACAUCAAGGCGAUACGCGUGUCUUUCUUUGUGAAUGGAGUUGAAGUGGCAUAUGUAGUGUUUGAUGCCCACGGGACGGACAAAACAAGCUGGUUCAACUGUGAGAAAGUAUUAUAUUCCUCUUGGACGGACGUGAGUCGAUAUGGUCUGAGAGACUUCUGCAGUGUAAUGGGUGACUAUAGUUUAAACAGGACGUUUUUCAUGUCAUCUGCAUACGGAGACUCAUGCGCAGUCAGCAGUGGUUGGUUCGGAGUAAUUGAGCAGGAAACAACCUCAUGUUCAUGGGAGGCGAAGAACGCAAGACCAUUUCCUAUAUAUAGUGACACCACAACAGUUGAAAACUUUGAUGAUAUGGCCGUAGCGGAUGUGUUUGCCGUAUCUAUGUCUAAAGACUCAAUAUGUGAUAUAGUGGAAUGUGAGAAUGGCGGGAGCUGUUACGACUGGGGAGCUCGAUAUCGAUGUUACUGUGCCGGGAACUUUUAUGGCUGGUUAUGCCAGAACUUGGAUGGAAACUGGACAACGUGGGCCGAUUGGAGUUCUUGCAGCACAUCAUGCUACGCAAUAGGGACCCAAUUUAGAUAUCGUAAUUGCACCGAGCCAGCCCCAGUGGGACACGGUCUACACUGUGGUUCUCCUGACCUCGAGGUUCAGACCUGCGUGCCGGACCAUGACGUAUGUCCAGAAUACAACACGGGUAAUCUAAACGAGACCCAGAACUACACCAUGAUCUGUCCGACUGGAUAUUAUAUAUUCGUCGAUGACGCGUACUAUGGCGACGGAACUAAUUGCUAUACAGCGGAUGCUAUAAAUCGUCUAAGAGGAUAUUGUCAUGGGCAGACAGAUAGCUGUCAGUUCUUCUUCACAGAUUCUUACUUUGGAGGUGAUCCAUGCACGUCAUAUCCAAGCGUGCUUAAAUAUGGAUACGCGAAACUCAACUGUAUUAAGAGACAGUUACUGGAUACCUAUCAAGGAGCAUGGAGACUUGUAUUCAAGGCAGGUCACAACCAGGUAAAGUCUGGGUAUUCUGAUGUAAAGACGUACUAUGAUGCGACGGCGAGUGACACGGAAACAGAUGCCGUCGUCACAGACAAAACCGAUUUCAGUCGGAACGCAGCCAUAUAUAAGUCAAGAAUAUGGGACGACUGGGGUAGUAGUGUUUCUGCACAGGCGGUGCGUUUGUCAGUUUGGAAAGACGGCAGAGAAGUACAUUAUGUUGUAUUUGAUACCUUCGGGAAGACAAAAUCAAAUUGGAUGGAAUGCGAUAAAAUACUAUAUUCAAGCUGGCAUGAUUUGACCACGCAGAAUAUCUCCUGCCAGAUGCGAGAAGACAACACAAAGAAGAGGACGUUUUACUUAAGUCGACAGGGUUUUGACAGCUGUACAACUGAGAGUGGAUGGCUAAUGUACAAAGACUAUGGAGCAACCGACGGCUGUUCCGAGUGGGAUACUACUUCGAACACUAUGCCGUACAUCAAAUACGCUACUGGCACGGAAUUUGUCACGUGGUCAUCGGGAUCGCUUGUUGGAGAUGCAGACGCCUUGGCAAUAUUUGUGAUGGAUUGGUUCAUGGCAUUUAAAGGGGUACAAGGUGUGGCUGCUUCUACAGGAAGUCUGGAAUCUCUUUGGCUGUCAGAAGAAACUGAAAAUUAUCUGGAUACUUCAGCUCAAACCACUUCAACAGCUCCCGGCCUUACAUUCAAAUCGUCAUUGAUUGGGAUUUGGUCAGAAUCCUUUACAUUUACCGAAAUGGUGAAGUACGCAUUUUACUCAAAUGGGGCAGAGGUAGCGUUUGCAAUAUUUGACGGCCGGAACUCGACAAGCACUGACUGGUUCGCUAACGGUAGAAUCCUACUUUCAAGCUAUGACGAUAUGGUCAGCCAGGCGAAGAGUGAUUGCAGCAUAGCAGGAGACGGAUACCAACGUAAUUUUGCUAUCUUGAAACAAGGCGGUGCCAGCUGUACUAGUGUACAGGGAUGGAUGAUGGUAUCUGAAAACUCUUCCCAGACUUGUGUUUUUGACCAAGAGUCUACUGUGGAAACAGCUCCAUUCUUCCUCUAUAGUAGUAGCAGUAUCUACGCUUACCCUCAGAGUGUGAGUUCCUGGGAUUCGGCAGCAAUGCCAGCAGCUGACGUCAUGGGUGUUUUUGUAAAAGGAUGGUUCCCGGCCUUUCACGUAGCUGUUGCCGGCUCCGUGUACUCCGCCAGCAAUGUUUAUGACUUAUUUACUGGGACUUAUAUAGUCAACGAGUACAACGACACGGCAUUCUCAUUGGCCAACAAUGCUAUGACGUUCAAGUCUAACAUCAUUGACGGUUGGACAUCCUACUAUAUACAAGCGGUUCGUGUAUCAUUUUUCAAAGAUGGUGCAGAGGCCGCUUAUGUCGUUUUCGAUGCUCAUGGGUCUAACAAGACUAAUUGGUUUGACUGUAACCGUAUCCUCUACUCAUCGUACGAUGAUUUGACUCGUGAAACACCCGUAGACUACUGCAGUGUAUUCGGGGACACCAACAGGCGAUUUUUCUUGGAAGCUUCCUAUGGGGUAGACUGUAACGCCAACAGUGGAUGGUUCGGGGUAGUAGAAGGAGCAGGAUCUUGUGGAUGGGAGUCACUAGCUACACCACCAUAUGCUCUUUACAGUGACGCAGGGAGUGUUGAAGAAAACACUGCAAUGGCAAUUGCAGACAAUUUUGUUAUUUCCGUCGCUAUGGAUAACAUAUGUAGCACAGUGAACUGUUUAUACGGCGCCACUUGCGAUGAUCAGGGUGGAAGAUACGACUGUAUCUGUGACGGCUACUACUAUGGCUGGCUCUGCCAACAUUUGGACGGUAACUGGACAGCGUGGACGGACUGGGAUACGUGUAGUACAACAUGUUAUGCCGAAGGAGGACAAAACCGGUACAGGACCUGUACCAACCCCGCACCUGUCGGAGACGGUCUCUACUGUCCAGGAGUCGAUAUAGAAUUCCAGUACUGCAUACCUGACUUGCCGAUAUGUGCAUCAUACGACACCGGUAAUAUACAGGAAAAUGGCUGGUACCACAUGGUGUGCCCUUCUAGUUACUAUAUUUAUGUAUGGGACAAUUUCUACGGCUUUGACGAAGGCGGGGCUAAUGAGUGUAAGGAUACUGAUGCCAAAGACAUACUUUUUGAUCAAUGCCACAACGUUACCAAUGGGAGUUGUCGAUUCUACUAUGAUGACGUCACCUACAGUGAUCCCUGUAACAAAACAUACAGCCAGGUUACAAAUUAUGGACACGGGGCAUUGUAUUGUGCGCGAGACGGUGUCUGGAACGCUUGGCAAUCCUGGUCGUUCUGUACCGUGACGUGCGGUGGCGGGACCCGGUACAGAGAACGUGUAUGCGACAACCCAACACAGGUCUGGCCUGGGAAUUACUGUCCGGAUGUCUAUAACGACAGUAAAUCUUGUAAACCGCAAAGUUGUCCGGUCUGUGGCGACCAUUACGCCGGUUAUGAUGAACCUACGAACAUAACAGUAUUCAACGACACUCGUUCUGGCGAAGGAUACUUGCUACUCGAUGUUAACUGGGACAUGCCUUGUUGUGAGGUCCUUCACGCAUUUGAGUUUGUUCCACGGGUAGCAGGAGAAAUAUAUUUCCAUGUCUGGCGUAGAUUCAAUUCCAUGAGAUACGAACUUCUUCAUUCAACCAACUAUACAGUAAAUGAAACAGAAAUUGGCACUUCGAUUAAUCAUUCCCUGAUUUUGAAAAAGCGAUUGUCUGUUAGACAAGGAGAUUACUUUGGCUGGUAUACCCCCGGAGAAAACAUGAUCAAGUACGCUGAGUGUUGCUGCGAAGGUUGUCCCAAUCAAACAUGGGUAGCCCCUAUCCCUGCAAGCAUCAACGUAGGUGAUACUUACCAGUGGACUACUUACGGUACCAAGCUUUCAGAUGUAGCCUACGCCAUACGUUUCUUCACAGCGCCAAAUACCGUGCCGUACGUGAACCAGACAGAUUAUGAUGCUUUAGUGCCAGACAAUACACCGCUUGGGGGUAGCUGUAUAAACUAUCAUAUCACUGAUGACGAUAUAGGAGAUUUCAAUCUUCUUCAGCAUGAAUUCAAUGAUCUAACCGGGUUAUUUGAACUGAAUACGACCUUCCCCGGUAACAUACACGUUAUGACAAGGGGCAUACUACCCAGUACCUAUUCCGUAUUUGAACUGAUUCUCAAAAGCUGGGAUGAUUGUGGAAAUACAGCUACAACCACUCUCACCAUCAUGACAUACAAUGCGCCUCCAAUAUUUUUCAACCUGCCAGACAGUGUUGAAAUAAGCGAGUCUGUGACGAAUGAAAUUAUGGUCUUCGAAAUAGACGUGGUGGACCAAUCCGAAAACGAUUCUGUUUGCUGCACGCUGACGGAGGUUAUCCCAGGAAGUCUUAAUUUUCAGCUUAAAUUUGAAAGUGAAGUUUACAAACUGUACACUACAACUAAUCCAGUGUUUAACUACAAGGACAUCUCCGACUACUACAAGGUCCGAUUCUGUUGUUCUGAUGACCAUGGCCUCUCUACUCAAUUCUUGGAGAUAUUCAUCUUAGAUGUUACAACUACAGAAACUUAUGUUCCGCCUACGUGGUUCCUGACAGCCAUUAUUUGUAGUAUGGUUCCUAUUUCGGUGACGUUCAUAUUUGCUUGUAUGGUGUUAUGCAACACUGUAUUCUGUGAUACGGAAAUUGAAUAUUAUUACGAAUGAUAUGGCACUGACAAUACAACUAAAUCAUUCCAGUGGGAGCUAUUGUGUCAAAGUGUGUCGAAAAUUCACCUUUUCGGAAUUCAAAUUAUUAACACUUUGGGAUCUAACAGUGGAUUUAAAUUAGUGUGCAAGAUGUGUGUUCAUCAGUGCAUAUUAAGUUCUUUGUGCCAAAAGAUGUGUAACAAAUGUGAAAGAAAUCAUGACCAUUCUCUACUUUGGAUUGUUAUUGUGACGGAUAUCGGCUCGCAACAAUGAAGCAGUUACCAUCAAAGCAUACAUGUGUAUGCCAUACCGUGAAUAUCUGGUAACAAUUUAUAUUAAUUCCCGCGUUGAAUAUUCUUAUGUGUCGUCACUGUGUGUGUGGUUUAGCCAACAAAGGAUAAUCAUUUGUUUGUCCUUUUCAUUUGUUUGGUGAUAGCGUUUGAAGUCUACUAUUUCUAGAACAUUUGUAACUAGGUAAAUCUGAAAGUGUGAUAUACAUAUAUCUUAAUCUCUUCUGAAGCUUACAUCAUAGUGGUCAUAGUGUUAAUCACUUUUAUUUAUAUUGCAUUGUGAUAAGGGAUUCUCUGAGAGGUGUCAUUUAUGAAAGAUUAUCGCAACUAGCUACAGGAACUCCGAAAUCAUUGAAAAUAUUAUAGUAACUAUGGUAACUCAACCAUUGUCUUGAUUAAUGAAUGAAUUGUGAAUUCAAUCCGUUGUUUUGUUUUUAAAUGAGAAUUACCUUAUAUGGUAUGAGUCAUUUAUUACUUAAAAUAUCGAAUGUUUUAUGAUUUAGAAAGCAUUCUGACAGGCAAAUGAUGAUUUCAUUAAACAAAUUAAUUGCAAGUUUACCUCGAUGAAAUUAAACGAAACAUCUUCUAUGCAAGAUAACGCAUAUAAUUAGCGACUAAUUCAAUGCAUAAUGCACAUCAUAUCAUCAAUCUGUAAUCCUAAUAGCUAAGGUAUUAAUCAUUAAGAUUUAACGGUUAGACGAUGCUUCUGAAACCAAAUCUGUGAAAACAAUAUCGUGUGAACAUAUUCCACUUUUUCAAUUUAUGCUUAUAAGAUUGUAAACAUGAUUAUUAGAUUAUUAGAUCUGCUGGUCAAAGGUCCAGGUUAACGGGUUUUGAUACAUCAUUUGAACACUUUAAGAAGUUUGAGUACCGUAGUUUAUUAAAAGAUGGCAGACUUAGGACAUGUUCAUAAUACAUUAUUGUAUUUCUCAUAUCUACACCAAGUAUUCAUCGGUCAGGGAUAAACUUCAUUGUCAAACUUCACCAUUUUAAAAGCAAAAACCGUGUAGGUGUCAUAAAACCACUUAUGUCAACACCAGUGUACUAUCACAAAGUGUUUCACCUAAGACAAUUUCAGUGUAUCAGCUGAAUGUUACAGGUCUAAUGGUCGAACUUGCCUUGGUAAACCCCCAAUCACUUCACUUUCUUUCUUGAUGCCUAUGUUAAUUCUUUCAUAGAUUUGCUUAUUUAGUAGACGUUAUUUAGCUUAUGAUAUAUUGUAUAUGAUGUUUAUAUCUUGAUUCCAUUUUAGACAACACCUUUAAAACUUUGACUGGUCACGGUUUUUGAUCAGAUGGUCAUUAUGUACAUAUUUCGUUUAUAACAUUCUUUAGAAUGUGACAACCAUGUGGCAAAUAUCUUGCAAAAUUGAUUAAUGUUGUUAAAUACCUUAUCUAUAUAUAUAGCAAAUAUACAUCAUUUAUUAAUAUUUCAAUUAACUGGUGAUACAUUAUUAUACACGUUGCAGGUUUUGUCAUCGUACUUUUGUUGAUAAGUUUCUUGUUUUAUUUGUUUGUAUUGUUAUCAUUUUUUAUCAUUAAUGCAAUAAAUUUUCAAAA